CAAAGGUAUAAAAACUGCUGGAGCACCCUUCACUGGCACACAAAGUGAUCUCCAAUGAUGAUGUCCAAGAUGAGUGUCCUGCUUGGUGCUGUGCUUCUGGUGCUGCUCUGUUCACAGAGCGGACAGACUGGUGAAGUUGGCGAGACGAGCUGCAGCGGGUGCUGUGAUUUGCUGAAAGAACUGCGAGAGCUGAGAGAGACCGUGUCGGUCCUAAAGAGACAAACAGAUGAACAGAAAAGCACAGAGCAAGUGGCGUUUGGGGCAGCACUAGGCCCUGAUGGGGCCAAUAUCAACCGGGGUCCAUUCAACACUGACACCACUCUAGUCUACCCGAACGUCUUCGCAAAUGCAGGGAAUGCCUACAACCCUAGCACAGGCAUGUUCACAGCACCAGUGAAAGGGGUCUACUACUUCAGCUUCUCUGGCCACAACCAUUCCUCCAAGCCCAUGGGUCUCAGCCUGAUGAAGAAUGGUCAGUCAAUGGUGAUUGUGUAUAACCAUGCAGCAGGGGCUCGUCCUGAGACAGCAACCAAUGGCAUGAACCUGCUGCUGGAGAAAGGAGACCAAGUGAAUGUGAAGCUUUGGGCCAACUCGUGGAUUCAGGAUAAUGAAAACAUGCAUAGUACCUUUGUUGGCCAUUUGCUCUUUCCCCUGCCAGAUAUUAUAAAACCAUAGAUUUUGUUGUAUUUUCAUCAUAUUGCUCCAUAAAAUGUCUAAU